UUGGAAACGCUUAGAUUACUUUAAAAUUAAAAGCAUUCACUUUAAAAAUCAGUGAUAACGCAGCCUUCAUACGCUACACACGUCGCGAUGGAGAUAUUACACAUAUUUAAUGCGAAAAUAACUCUUAUUACCAUCGUAAUAUGGACAGAAGUGGACGCAGUUGGUGAAAAAGCGCAAGAAGCUUGCAAAGACUAUGGGAAAACGAUGCUGGAAUGCCACAAUGUGUACUAUCCAACGUCCAGAGUAAGAGUGCCGAUAGAUUUGUUGCUUUACCCCCAUAUGGUAUUAGUAGGGUUUCGAAAACCUGGCAAGGAACAUGAUGAACCAGCGUGGAGGUGUGGGGGAUCCAUGAUCAGUGUCGACUGGGUGCUGACGGCUGCCCAUUGUGCUGAAGACCCCACAAGCGGACCAGCGUCAGUUCUCCGAAUAGGCACAGCUACUUUUGAGUUUGAUGAAGCUACAGAAUUAGAGCAAGAGAGAGAAGUAGCGAAGAUCAUCGUCCAUCCUGACUUUAAACCUCCUUCUAAAUACCAUGAUAUAGCUUUAAUGAAAGCUAAUCAACCUUUUGUUUUAAACAGGCAUUUAAGAAUCGCAUGUUUACCGACAAGCGAAGAAAUACCAGAAUUAAAACUAACGGCAAUUGGUUUUGGUACAACGUCAUCGGGGUCAGCGAAGGGCAGUCAAACGUUGAUGAAAGUAGAUGUAGAUAUAGUGGAAAAUUCAAUUUGUAAUAAAUCUAUGAAGUUCAUGAUAAAAAGAAAGAUUAUAGCUGACGGGAUUACUGACAAUCAAUUAUGUGCUGGAGAUUAUUUACAUGGAGGGAAGGAUACAUGUCAAGGGGAUUCUGGUGGACCUCUUCAGUAUAUGUCGGACAGAGUGGAUUGUGAGAAAACUUUUCCCCUCCAUACUGUGGUGGGGGUUACCAGCUUUGGAAGGGAUUGUGGGAGGAGAAUGGCUCCGGGGGUGUACACUAGGGUGUGGAGGUAUAUAGAGUGGAUAGAGGGUAUUGUUUGGCCGUAAUAGAUUAUUAAGUGUAAGGUUAAAGAAAACAUGUUGCCGUGGGACUAUCAGCUGUUCGGAUUUAUAGUGAUGAAAAUAUUGCCGACAC